AAACCCUUCUCCUCUCUCCUCUCUCCUCUCCUAUCCCUUCUCUUAUAGGAUUUCUACUCCCCUCCCCCAGAUCCGAUGAGAUCCACCCAAUACCCUCGCCUAUAAACCCUAGAAAUCGAAUCGGAGCCUUGGAUUCAGGAUUCGUGGGCUCGGGAUCCUGUUCUCGAAUUCCUCUUUCAGAAUGUUGAGGGAUUUGAGAUUUUUCCGUCGGAAUCAUGGGGUUGUUCCUCCACCGGAGGGGAAUAAUGAGAAUAUUCCGGCCGAUAGCUCCGAGCCCUCCGGUUCUGUGCUGGAUUUGGACCCCUCGAGGGCUCCGUUGAAUACAAUCCAGGAACCAGUGCAAAACCCUAACCCUAAGCUGGGUUCGGAUCAAGGCACGGUUUUUCGCAGGAAAGGGGAUGCAACAACCCCUUCUAAGAACCAGAUCAAGGGUUCGGAUGCGCAUUCGACCUUCCGUACACCAGAAAAGCCGUCAGCGGCUGCAAGAAACCGCUUUGGUUGGGCCGGUAAGAGCGAGAUCGGGCCUAAUUGUGUUGACAAUGGCGAUGAGCCUAGUCACCAAGGACCCAACCAGCUGCCCCCGCUGAGCCGUGUGUAUGGUACAAAUACACCUCGUACGUAUCGGACGGCCGGGAAGGCGUCUUCAAUCCAUUCGGAUUGCAGCUCCACUCAGAGCACGCCGACCAAGAGCGUAACGAAGCCGACAUACAGUGGUUUCAGCGGCUCCCGACCCCCAAUUGGUGCGGGUAAUCGGAUGAUGAGCUUCUCCAUGGCAUCAAAAGGGAUUCCUAUAUCUUCCGCGCCCCCAAUAGUUGUUAAUACACCUGAAGUGCCACAUUUUGAACUUAAAGAGGAUCCCUCCUUUUGGAUGGAUCAUAAUGUGCAGGUUGUCAUUCGUGUCCGUCCUUUGAAUAGCACGGAGCGAAGCUUGCAAGGUUACAACAGAUGUUUAAAGCAGGAAAAUGCGCAGUGUAUUACAUGGAUCGGACAACCCGAAACCCGUUUUACAUUUGACUAUGUUGCAUGCGAAUCAGUGAACCAGGAAAUGCUUUUUCGAGUGGCUGGUUUGCCGAUGGUUGAGAAUUGUAUGUCAGGCUACAACAGUUGCAUGUUUGCUUAUGGCCAGACAGGCAGUGGGAAAACAUACACGAUGCUUGGUGAAAUUGGUGAAUUGGAAGUGAGGCCUAGCCUAGAUCGUGGAAUGACCCCACGUAUAUUUGAAUUCUUGUUUGCAAGAAUCAGAGCGGAGGAGGAAAGCAGAAGGGAUGAGAAGCUCAAAUAUAGUUGUAAGUGUUCCUUUUUGGAGAUUUACAAUGAACAAAUCACCGAUCUUCUCGAUCCUUCAUCCGCUAAUCUGCUUUUGCGAGAAGACAUAAGGAAAGGUGUGUAUGUUGAAAAUCUGACUGAAUAUCAAGUUGAAAGCGUGAAUGACAUUCUGAAACUUCUUAUCCAGGGAUCUGCGAAUAGAAAAGUUGCAGCAACAAAUAUGAAUCGCGAAAGUAGCCGCUCGCACAGUGUCUUUACUUGUGUCAUUGAGAGUAGAUGGGAGAAGGAUUCAACUGCUAAUUUAAGAUUUGCAAGACUAAACCUUGUAGAUUUAGCUGGAUCAGAAAGGCAAAAGACAUCAGGUGCCGAAGGAGAGCGUCUAAAGGAAGCUGCAAGUAUUAAUAAAUCCUUAUCAACACUCGGUCACGUAAUAAUGAUUCUAGCUGAUCUGGCUAAUGGGAAGCAAAGACAUGUUCCUUAUAGGGACUCAAGACUGACAUUUCUUCUUCAAGACUCACUUGGUGGCAAUUCAAAGACGAUGAUUAUUGCAAAUGUCAGUCCAUCAAUUUGCUCUGCUAGUGAAACACUCAGUACCCUCAAGUUUGCUCAGCGUGCAAGACUCAUUCAGAACAAUGCUGUUGUGAAUGAAGACGCAUCAGGAGAUAUACUAGCUCUACAGCAUCAGAUACGCCUCCUGAAGGAGGAACUUGCAGUAUUGAAGCGUCAAAAUGUCUCAAGAUCUCUAUCAUUUCGUACAGCAAUCUUCGAGGAUUCCGAAGGUGAAUUUUGUAAUGCUUUUGCUAUAGAAGGAUUACCAGAACUGGCUCAAGAGAAUGCUGAGGAUUUAUGGAGCAAUGAGUCUCUGCAGAGUGUAAGAGUUUCAAACAAACAGUUGAAAUCACUGGAAGCAACGUUAGCUGGCGCAUUGCGAAGGGAAAAGAUGGCAGACACUACUAUUAAGCAAUUAGAAGCUGAAAUUGAGCAGCUGAACCGUCUGGUUCGUCAAAGAGAGGAGGAUACACGAUGCACUAAAAUGAUGCUUAAGUUUCGAGAAGAUAAGAUUCAUCGAAUGGAGACCCUUCUAAAUGGUGAAACAGCAACAGACACAUAUUUGCUUGAAGAGAACAAAGCUCUGUCUGAAGAGAUACAGCUGCUUCGAGCAAGAGUUGAUAGGAACCCAGAAGUGACUCGUUUUGCACUAGAAAAUAUCAGGCUUUUAGACCAACUCAGAAGGUUCCAGGAGUUUUAUGAAGAAGGAGAGAGGGAAAUUCUAUCAAAUGAAGUAUCUCAUUUGCGCAAUCAGCUCAUACAGAUCCUUGAUGGGCGGUCUGAACUUGAUCAACAACCUAUCUCAAAUUCGGUCAUCCAGGAUUGUAGACACCCUCAAUUUGGUUGUGCCUUCAGUGAAAAUGAAUCUUUGUCUAGAGAGUUGACAAGGACUUCCCAAGAGUUAGAGAAUUGCAGAAAUAAUCUACAGUCAUGUUUAGAAAUAAAUGAACGGCUCACAAGGGAGAUAACUGAUCUGCGUACAGAAUUAAGCAACGCUAAGACUGCGAGCCAGGAUGUGAAUUACAAUCCUCCUUUUAUGGAGUUGUGUUCAUAUUCAUCCCCAAAAGAGCCUCGAGUAUGUGAAAAGAUGGCAUUAUGCUCACAUGAAGACACAAUGAAGCAAAAUGAGGAAAUUCUGAAUUUGCAGUUGGAGUUGGAUAUACUCAAAGCAAUUCUUGCAGAAGAGAAAACAACUCGUAUAGAAGCAGAAGAAAGAGCUAGUAAUGUAGACAAUAAGCUCAAAGUAGCAAAUGAAAGAGCACUACAAUUCAGCAGGCAGCAGGAGGUCGUAGAGUGUGAACUGCAUAAUGCAAGAUCUGUCAUUGAAGCUCUUGAAUCACAACACAUUCUAUUGAUCAAUGAGCUAGAAAGGCUAAGGGAGAAUACCUUCCAAAAUGGAGAGCUUUUGAAGAAACAUGGGGAGCCAAAAGGCCACUCACUUAAAUUGGAAAAUGAGGAUUCGCCUUUGCAAGUCAAGCUGAAAAGAAUGCAAGCCUCACUGGACAAGGCGCGUACUUUGAAUUCGAGGCACCAAAGUGAUCAAGCAUCACAGACAUCGAUUGAACGAGAAAUGGAAGAAGUUCGUACACAAGUUGAGAUUGAAACAGCUGAGGUGAUUGUUUGCUUACAGGAGGAGCUCUUAACUCUUCAACAGCAAGUUGAUGCCAGCAAUACAAAUGAGAUGUUAGCUAAGCAAAGUCUGACAGAGUUGGAAAAUGAGAGAGAAGUGCUUCUCGAAAAGCUAAAUUUGGCAGAAGAAGAUAAUGAAAAGCUUACAAAGCUAGUUGAGGAGAGGGAGAAUGAUAUUAGAAUGCUGUCCGAAGAAUGCGAGAGAUUAGCACAUGAAAUUGCAGACGUUCUUGGAGAUGGAAAUGUGGCUCUUGAAGAAGCUUCUGAUCAGAUUGCUUCUAUUUUGGAAUCAUGUCCUCAAAGGAGUUGGAUUGGGGAGCAGGUUGGGCGGAUGAUCAAAAGUAUCUCCGAAAAGGAUGAAUUGAUUGAAGAGCUUCAAAAGGGCUUGGAGGAUGCACAGAGCAUAAGAUGUGACUUGGAAUGGAAAUUGAGGUCCUUAAGAGGAGCAACAUUGGCUAUCACUGAAGCACAACAGCAGGAAAAUAGUGAUAAAGAAAAGGAAAUUCGUUUGUUGAGAUCACAGUUAUCUGAAAGGGAAUGUACUUUAAGUAAAUUAGAAGACAGUAUUAAACUGAAGGAGGGCAUAAGUCUCCUGUUUGAUGAAUCCAUUCAACUGAAUAUGGAGAAGGAGGUUCUUCUAUUAUACUAUAUUCAGUUGCACAAUGAUUCAGAAAAUCAACAUCACUGUAUGAAAACACAACUGGAGAAAAAUCGGGAAUUAAUUAGUGAACUCUUAAAACAAUCUCAGGAGCAGGAAGAAACACUAGCUUUGGAACAACUGAAGAAGAAAGAAGAAGAUACAGCGUUAUCAAAAAUAGCGGAGGAUCUUUUGAAAUCAAAGAGGGUGGUAAAUGAGCUAAAAAUGAGAGUGCCACAGUCAAGCAUGAAUGUUAUGAAUGAACAAGACAGCGUCGCUGAGGACAAGUUUGAUCAUGAAUUUCAAGACGAUGCAACAUUGAAGAGUAAUCUUGAGUGUGUGCCAGGUGGUAGCACAAACUGUUUGGCCGAAAAUGGUAUGAAAGUUUCUUAUGAUAGAGGUUCUAUCAUUCUCCUUCUAAGGAAUGAAUUAGAAUCUGCACUUGACAACCUAGAGGCAGUACAAGCUGAAAAGGUUAGACUACUAAAUGACAAAGAAGAACAAAAGAGAACAGAGAUACAGAACAGGGCAAGGAUUGAUUGUUUCUCUGCAGAAGUCAUUCGACUGAUGUCGGAAAUUACUGACAAAGAAAAGUUUUUUGGAACUCGUAUGAUGCAGUUGGAAAGUAAGCUCGAAAUUGUGGAGAAAAAUGUUGUAGCAUUUAAAGAAUGCUGGCACAGAACCAAGGAGGCACUUGAGCUUGAGAUUAGUGAUGCAAAGGCCAUUGCAGCCCAAAAAACAUUUGAGGCUUCAAGCCUUCUUUCUAAAAUCGAGGAGACCCAAGAAACUAUAAGAGAUGCUGACAUUAUGAUCAAUGCAUUAGUAAAAGCAAAUGAAACUGCAAAACUCGACAUAGAAAGGUAUCAGCAAAAUGAAACAACAUUGCACCAGGAAAAGAAUAGCUUAACAGAUGAGGUACAGAGCUUGCGGUCUUCCCUCAGUAGGAAGGAACAAGAAUAUGAGUUUAUGGAGAAGGAACUUCAAUCAAACUUCGUCGAAAUAAAGAAUUUAGUUAUGGAUCUAGAGGAUUGCUUUAUGCAUAUAAAAACUUCUCUUGUAGAUAAAUUCAAACUUGUAGCUUGUGACGUUGAAUAUGUAAAGUCCCAGCUUGAACACUACACAGGCUCUGCAAGGUCAUGGUUAGAGGAAAUUUGGUCAGAAAUCAUUGGAAAAGACUGUGCAAUAUCAAUUUUACAUCUCUGCCAUAUGGGAAUUUUGUUGGAAAGAAUUACUGGGCUUAAUGCUGAGAAAAAUUUCCUCCAGCAAGGGUUGUCGGAAUCUAAUUCUGUAAUUUUCAACUUGAGAGAACACAACAUUAGAUCUAAAAAGGAACUCGAAAUGUGUAGUAUUCUCAAAGGGAAGCUCCUGGUUGACAUUAAUAACAGUUUCUCUCGUAUAUCAAAGAAGGAAGAUGAGACGGCAGAAUUUAAAUCUAGGUUGAAUUCAUUUGAGAAGAAAAUUCUUAAUCUACAGUUGCAAGAAGAAUCGAUGUUCGCUAGGUCAAACUCCAUGUACAAUGAACUUUCAGUUUUGGUGAAAGAGCUUGAUGAUAAUAAGAGGAAUGUCUUAACAUCAGUAUUAAGGGAAAAGGAAGACCUUUGUCAACGGCUGGAAAAAGCUUUGAUUAUUAAUGAAAUGUUCAGGGACUCAUUAGGGCGAGAUUUUGAUCUUCUCAUCUAUGAUUCUUAUUCUGAUUCUAAAAGUAAGGACCUUUUGGACGCUACUUGUAUUGGAUCUUCUAUUGAUUUUGAUAUAUACAAGAAUUUAGCAAAUUAUCAUACCGAGUUGAUAAUAACCAAUUUGUUAGUAAAGGACAUUGAGUUGCUCGUAAUGGCAUCUGAGGUGGAGGAAAAAGUUGCUCAUAUUCAUCACAUGGCUCCACAAAUAGCUGAGUUACAAAAACAAAGGGAUGAAUUCUGUGAAGAAUUUCAAAAAAAGAAGAGAGAAGCAAAUCUAUGCAAGAUAGACAUGGAUGUGAAAACUAGUGAAAUGCAUUCCUUGCAUAUAGAAAAUGAAAAAUUGACGAGCAAUCUGCAUAAGCUGAAAGAAAGCCAUGCCAAAAUAACAGAGGAUUUGAGUAAGAAAAGUGCACAACUAGAAGAAGUAAUACUUUCUCAUGCAGUAAUAUCUAAGGAGCUUGAUUCAAAAAACAAAGUGAUUGACACUCAUUUCAAGAGAACAAAUGCUUUGAAAUCUGAGAAUGAUUCAUUGAAACAAGAGAUAUUGACGAUCAUGGGUAGAUUUGAUGAAGCUUUUGUGGUUCUCAACUCAAUUGUUAGUAACAGCUUUGGUUUAACUCAAUCUGUGGAUAUGAUAGUGGACAAAAUUUUUCACAGCAUUAAUAACCAUAUUGAUCAGAUGUCGGACAGAGUUCAUAAAGAUCUUUUUGAACAAAAAGAUUUGGUAUCUAACUUUGCUAAUGAGUUAAAGUUCAUCGAACUGUCUGUGAAGGAGUUGAACUCUGAGAAUUAUACCCUCCGGUGUGAUUUAAUGAGGAAAGAUGAAGUAUUAACGGGCCUACAAUUUGAUCUGAGUUUACUGCAGGAGUCAGCAUCAGUUGCAAAAGACCAAGAGGAAGAAGUAGAAGAGAUGGCUGCUGCUUUAGAAUCUUUGGAAAUUGAACUCCAAGCUAAAUCAUCUCUACUUGAGAAGGCCAUUUCUGAUAAAUUGCUCCUAGAAGCUGAGUUACUAGAGAAGAGUGAAAGGAUAACUUCUCUCGAGUCAGAACUUGCUGAAAAGAUUUGUAUUUUGGACUUAGUGUGCAAAGAAAAAUCUGAGAUAAAAUCUCAAUUAGAACACAUUAAAGGGUUGAAAAUUGCUAUAGAGGAAGAGCUCGCAAAUAAAAUUAAGGUUGCUGAAAGGCUAGAAGAAGAGUUAUUUGAAAUGAGCACUUUGCAUGGUCAGAGAAAUUGCUUUCUUGAAGAUUUGCAGGACAAGCUUAUAAAACUUUCAGAGGAGCGAGAUCAUCUUAAUUCUGAGGUGCUUAUGUUGAAAGAGAAUUUGGAAAUGGCACAUGCUCUUGCUGAAGAGAAUGAAGCUAUUGCCACUGAAGCUCAUCAGAUUGCAGAGGUGAAGAAGGCCUAUGCUGAAGAAAAGGAAGAAGAGAUUAAGCUAUUGGAGGGGUCUAUCCAGGAGCUUGAGUGCACUGUGUAUGCACUGGAAAACAAGGUGGAUAUCGUGAAAGCAGAAGCUGAAAGACAGAGGCUGCAGAGAGAAGAACUGGAAGUGGAGCUUCAGGAAGUGAAACAGCAAAUGCUCACAGUACCGUCGAGAAACUGGAGUCAUGUAGGAGCUGAUAAGAAUGACUUGACCAGGAAUUAUGAAGAGAAGAAUAGUGAACUGCUAGAGACCCAGCAAAGCAUACAAAUUCUUCAGAAGGAACUUGCUGAAAAGGAUGCAGAGAUUACCAAUUGCAAGGCACACAUCUCUGAGCUUAACAUGCAUGCAGAGGCACAAGCAAGAGAAUACAAGCAGAAGUUCAAGGAAUUGGAGGCCAUGGCGCAGCAAGUUAAGACAGAAGCCACAUCAUCAGGCUCCUUAAAUAUAGUAUCGACCAGAACAGAGAAAAGUGUAGGGAAACCUCGGGGUUCAGGUUCCCCAUUUAAAUGUAUAGGCUUGGGAUUAGUACAACAAAUGAACUCGGAGAAAGAUGAGGAACUUACUGCAGCAAAGCGUCAGAUAGAGGAACUUGAAGCUUUAGCUGCGAGCCGGCAAAAAGAGAUCUUUAUGUUGAACACUCGACUAGCAGCCGCAGAAAGCAUGACUCAUGAUGUGAUUCGUGAUCUCUUAGGGGUCAAGUUGGAUAUGACAAGCUAUGCAUCAUUAUUAGAGAACCAUCAAAAGCCAAAGACAAAAGAUACGGCUCUUUUCAACUGUGAAGAAUCCCAAGGGAAUGUGGAAGAGAUGGUCAGGCUGAAGAAGCAGCUCAAUGAAUUCAUUGAGGAGAGACAAAGUUGGAUUGAAGAGAUAAAUCAGAAACACGCAGAAAUGAUGGCUGCUCGUAUUUCAGCAGAAAAGCUUCGGCAGCGAGAACAGUUCCUUGCCACUGAAAAUGAAAUGUUGAAGGCUGACAAUGUAAACUACAAAAAGAUGAUCAUGGAACUUGAAGAUGAACUGAAAAAGCUCUCUAGCCAGCAAAAUCUCCAGUUGCGUAUUCACCAUCAUGCUAAAACUAAGGAAGAGAAUAACUUAUUGAAGCUACAGAAUGAAGAACUAAGUGAAAAGCUGCGGAGGUCAGAAAGUAUUCUUGUUCGCGUGAAAGAAGAGCUUGCUUGCUAUAGAUCAGCCAAUGGCAAAAGCCCAUUUAUUGACAUAGACGAGGAAGAGCAACUGCAGAAGAAACUAGAAGAAAGCGAAGAGGAGAGACUCAAACUGGCACAGAAACUACUGAGUUUAUGUACCAGCUGUUUAAAGGUUGCUGGACUAACACCGCCAGCUUUCAAUAAUAAUAUAAACGUCUCAGCUGCAGAAGAAGCACUUAAUCUGCUAAAGGAUCGCAUUACUUCACUAGAGAAUGAAGUGCAUGAUUUAAAACUGAAGUGCAGACUAUCACAUGAAAAAUUGCGUUUGUCCGAGCUCGGGUGGGAAUCCUCAUCAGUUUGCUCAAAGGUUGAGGAGAACAGAUCACAGAGUAUGUGCGGUUCUCCACAAAUAUCUUCUUAAUGCCCGAGGAAUGGAAGUGUAGUUGUAUAUAACACUUGUUAGCUAUCGGCUGACAACCUGUAACGGUAUCCCGAGGGAUCAAGUUAGCCAGAGAGAUUAGCAUCUCAGUGGAAACUCCGUUGAGUUUUUUGUUGUUGUAUUCUUUCAAAUAUUAUAUAUAAUGCAAUUAUUCUUUGCUCUCCUACCA